AUGGCUGCCAUAGUGACCGGUCUCAUCCCAAUCCUCCGCACCGCAGUGGACUCCACCACCACCUACAAAGCGCGCACGCUAUGGUUUGGCUUUCUGUGUAUUCGCCUGGUCACCCUGUUUGUGGCCGAGCUGCCCUGGUUUAAACUCGACUCCGACUUCAGCUGCAACGCCACGAGCGAAGUCUGCACGCGAGACUGUUACAACGAAUACUUCAACAGGCCGGCGGUGGUGGCCUGGAAUUUUCUCUUCGUCCUCCUCCUCCUCUCUGUGCUCCUCAUGGAGCUUUUCUCCUCCUACCUGCGCUCUACCUUUCAGAAGAAGGCUGCGCGGGGGGGCGGGGGGGUGGAGAUGGGGCCGUCGGGAGAGCAGAAGGGAGACGCCGCUGAUCGCUCUGGCGGGAUGAUGAUAAUCGACCUUCACCAGCAGAGGUCAACGCUGCUGUUCUAUUUGAUGAGUGUGGUGAUUCGCAUUGUGAUAGAGGUGUGGUUUGUGUAUAUUUUAUUGUUUUGGAAUCUGGCUGCGUUGGAUAAAGAGAAGUUUCAUUGUAAGAAGUGUCAUUAUACUGUGGCCUGUUUGGUACGGGCGGCAUCAGAGAAGCGCAUGUCCAUCUAUGCGCUGGUGUCCAUCUCAAGCCUUUCCAUACUAACCAACUGCCUCUUCUGUUUCUACGCUAUUGGACAUUAUCUCUGCAACUUCUGCACACAAGGUUCCUAA